AACUCGCCGUUCGCUUGGCUCGCUCGCUCGCGUCAGUCAUCAAAACCAAACUCUCGGGUGCAGACGAUAAGCGCUUGCGAGAAAUCAUUUUGUCGUGAACUGAACGCCAAACAAUAACAUCCCACUCCCCCCAAAAAGAUAUAUUUUCAACAAUAGCCACGGCCAUAAACAGUAUCAAAAACAAUCGACACAGUCCCUCUGUGUGCGUUUGAGUGCGUGUGUGUGAGUGAGUGUUUGUCUUGCUGUUUUCCAGCAAUCAAUCGCCGAGUCAAAAAGUCCAAAAAGAGUCCAAGAGUCGCCACAGAAAAAAAAAAAACACAACGCAACACAACAAAUCAGUGCAGCAGCCCGCGAGAAGUGCAUCCAUAUUGCUCUCUGGCGAGUGUCGUCUGUGUGUGGGUGUCUCUGCAUCUAAAUCUGUCUCUGUCUCUGACUCUGCCUCUGUGUGUGAGAGAAAAACUCGAGAAAAAGUGAAACGACCGGCAGCGAAAGCAGCGCGAAAGCAAAGGCAGUAAUAAGCAAAUAGCAGCAGGCAACAAACAACAAAAUAAAAUCGACGAAAAAGUGUGAGGAAAAACAGCUUCGAGCCGAAAACAAAAUUCCAUCAGUUGUAUGUGAACCCCAGCAUUCCCCAAAAGCGGACACCACCCCCCACUACCUGAUUGACUCCAGUCCCCCAAGUUGGUAGCCCCCAAACUGACGUUCAAAGCGGCCAAAAUUGGAUUAUGCUCAGGCACAAACGCAACUGCCACGCCAUUCAGACGCCCAGCGACGACGAGCAUGUGAAACUGAGUGCCCCGAUUGAUGCACUGCAUCCACUCCCGACCCAGUCGCAGUCACUGCCACUGCCUCCGCUGCGACAGCCGCUUCUUCCACUCAUCCAGCUCCAGCGCCUGAACCAACGCGUCACCUUCUCCCUGGAGCUGUACCACAAGAACGUGAUCAAAAAAUUGCCGGCCCUCAAGCAGCACGAGGUCUACAAACUGACCAAAAACAUCUCACAGACUUAAGUCCUUCCUACCCCACCGCCACCGCCACCGCCACCGCCCAAAACGCCACAUACCUCCAUUCAAUAUAAACUCCAAAAGACCAGGAAAGUGCAAGAAAAAA